UGUAUUUUCUGUCAGUCUGAAGAGUGGGAGCACGAGCUGGGCUGAAGAGGACUCCUGGAUGCAACAGCAGAGAGGAGGACCAGCCAAAAGAGGAGAAGAGAGAGUGAUAAAACAGAGACAGAAGUGGCGGGAGCUGGAGUGAGAAGACCGGAAGAAGACAGAGAGUCUUGAGGGACAAUUUAACAGGACACAGAAAAAGAUAGUGAUACAGAAGAAGAAAGGCGAAACUCACCUGACCCACUUGUCUGCUCUGCCAGGUGGAGCAACCUCCUUCUUCCUCCCUCCCCCCCUCUCCCUCUCUUUCCCCUGACAUGGGCCGCCUGCUGGCCCUGACAGUCGCCUACCUGGCCUACCUGCUGGCCGCCGCAAUCGGCUCUGAGCGCCAACAGCACCACGUGCAGCACGGCCCCUGCAGCUACACCUUCGUCCUCCCCGAAGUGGAGCACUGCCGUCCCUUAAAGGACUUCCAGGUCACCAACACCCUGCAGAGUGACUCCCCACCUGAGGCCGAGCCUGAUUCGAGCCAACCCAAGCAGGGUAAGGCCCAAAAGGAGAGGCCUUCCUGGCAGGAGAGGAAGCUGGAGAGUCUGGAGAGUGCUAUGGAGAAUAACACCCAGUGGCUGCAGAAGCUGGAGAACUUCAUCCAGGAGAAUGUGCGCUCUGGGAUGGAGGAAAUAAAGAGAACUGCGGUACACUCCCAGACAGCGGCCAUGCUCGAGAUGGGAACCAACCUCCUCAGCCAAUCAGCGGAGCAGACUCGCAAACUGACAGAUGUUGAGACCCAGGUGUUAAACCAGACGAGUCGCCUGGAGAUCCAGCUGCUCGAGUACUCGCUCUUCACUAACCGGCUGGAGAAACAUAUUCUCCUGCAGACUCAAGAGAUCUCACGCCUCAGUGAUAAAAACAGUUUUCUGGAACAGAGGCUCCUAGCACUGGAGGCUCGGUAUGGGAGGGAGCUACAGGGCCUGCAGAGCGAAAAGCAGCAGCUUCAUGAGCUUCUGGAGAGGCAGAGCCGACUGGUCACUCAGCUGCAGGGUGAGCUGGGCAGCUCCACGCUCAACAGCACCGUACUCCAGAGGCAGCAGGCCGUGCUCACAGACACUGUUCAGCAGCUGCUGGCCAUGGUCAACCACUGCAACGAAAUCUCCAAUAUGCCCAAGGAGGAGUCGCUGAGUUUCAGGGACUGUGCGGAGAUCCUGCGAUCUGGAGUGACAGAGAGUGGAAUAUAUAGCAUACGCCUCCCCAACUCCACCCAGACUGUCAAGGUGUUCUGUGAUAUGAAGACCAGAGGUGGUGGGUGGACGGUGCUACAGCAUCGGACAAACGGCUCCGUCAACUUCCAUCGUGGGUGGAGGGACUACAAAACGGGCUUUGGAGAGACGUCUGGGGAACACUGGCUGGGGAAUGAUAUCAUCCACAAGCUGACCAGCUCCCAGGAAUACAGUCUGCAUGUCCAGCUAAAAGACAGAGAGGGGAACGAAGCCUUCUCACAUUACGAUCGCUUCUACAUAGAAGGAGAGGACAAGAACUACAGCCUUCACGCCGAGGGCUUCAGUGGCACAGCAGGACGGACCAGCAGCCUCACCCACACUGGCACCCAAUUCAGCACCAAGGACAGAGACAACGACCUCUGCACCUGCAAGUGUGCACAGCUCGCAUCAGGAGGUUGGUGGUUUGAGGCUUGUGGCCCGUCCAACCUGAACGGCAUAUAUUACCCCGCCUCAUCCAGUGUGGUUCGCUACAAUGGCAUUAAAUGGUACUAUUGGAAGGGGCCAAAUCUGAUGGCUACUAUGACAACCAUGAUGGUGCGCCCUGCAAACUUCUGAUGGCAUGGCUCCUUUAAUGAAGUGAAUGUCACCUCAAGUGAAUGUAAGGAACAAUACCCGGGAAUUGUAUAUUUUGGGAGGAUUUCUGAAUCAGACGGUUGGUGCCUUCAGCUUCUGGACAUCUUGGAGGGGUGCUUUAGCAACUGCCUGGGGACAUGCCCAGACUCUCAGCAAAUGACUACAGUUUUGAUGAAUUCCUGCGUGAGGAAUUCCACCAGUAAAAUCUGUUCACCAAGGCGCCUCGACUAUAUUUUUAUGAGGAAAGAGAUAGAGUAUGAGCUUUUCUACAGAUUAUAUCACAAGAACACAACUGACCAAAUCAAAUUAUACAGUUACCCAAAACUUAAUUCAAUAAUUAAACGGAUUAACCUUUAGAAACCCUUUAUAGCAACACAUAUUUUGUAUUAAAAUAUGAAAACUUUUCAUUUUCAUAUCAUUUUUCAGGCAACGUGUCUAAACUGCAAAGAUUCACAGACAGCCAUUUGUAUAGUAAAAGUUAACUAAUUAAAAUAUAUACUCUAUACUUUAAAAGUCUAAAUUUCACGCUACAUGCUUAGUUAACUCUGUGAUAUAUUUAACGCCUGAUGUUAAGCCACAAUGUUUUCUAUUACAGUGGCCUGUUUGUAAUGUUAUUCCACCAGACUGUAAAGCAUCACUUCUUGUUUAAAACUGUAGUUCUGUCCAUGGACAAUAUAACCUGUGAUAACCUACAGUGACUUCAAUGGUUUUACCGCUGUUAAUAAAGCAACAGCAUAAAGAACAGCAACAAUAACGGGCUUUGCCCUUUGCUGUGUCUUCCAAAGGGCUUUUCAGAAUGAAAUAUCCCUGAAUCUUUCCAGUCACACCUCUCAUAAAACUUUAUUUGUGAGGGAUUUCGCUCAUAAAAGUACAUCACACUUGCACUGCUGUGAUUUAUUUUCAAAAAUGAAACAUUUGUAAUAACAUCUGGGAACAGAGCUGUAAAUUCAAUUUUAACUUUGUUAAAACAAUAAAAUCAUAUAUAGUCUUUGGUGCCUAUAACCCACAGUGCCAGGCGCUUGUUUCCAUGUAAGCUACAUAAACUUGAACAAGCCACACAUGCUGGAUUCGGGGAAGUCAGAUAAGGACUGCUUCGCACCAUUGAUCUGAUGAAUCAUCCAAUAACACUGGGCCCCAGUGGUGCCCAUUAAAAAGCGGAUGGGUUUCACCUCGACUAACAGUGACCUGCAUCUGCCGGUGUACGCUGGGGAGAGCAGCCGCUAACUGGAAGACAGCACACGAGGACGAUGGCUGGCCAUGUCUACAGUGUCUGCUAAUUGUUGGGCUUCAUGCAAUGAUCGACGGAACACUUAAAAGAUCUCAUGUUCACUAGCUAAUGCUAUUCCCCAAGUGUGAUUCAUUGCUUAAUGCUGCAAAUGUAAUACAACUGCAGAAAUGAGGCAUUAAGCGUAACGAACUGUGAGCCAGGUAUUGGUGUUUUGACGUGUCUCGCCUAUUCAAGUCAGCAGCACAGAUACUUAAAAAAGAGAGAAAUAUCAUGGUUCAUGGAAAAAUAUA